GAUACUGUUUAGCUGGCUUUGAAAGAUGCCUGCUCCUUGUACUAGUUACAAUUUUUAUUACUUAAUUGGAGAUCUCAACCUCUUUAUUCAUUUCAGAGUUACGGGUAACCGUUUGAUUUGUGGACCUAAGGCCAGUGACACCUGUUCUGCUGUCUUUCCGGAGCCUCUUUCUCUCCCGCCUAAUGGUCAAUCAGACUCUAAAACAAACAGUCAUCGUGUGGCUAUUGCUUUUGGGGCAAGCUUUGGUGCUGCUUUUUCCAUCAUAAUAAUUAUUGGUUUACUUGUUUGGUGGCGAUGUAGACACAACCAGCAAAUUUUCUUUGAUGUCAAUGAGCAAUAUGACCCAGAGGUGUGCUUGGGCCAUUUGAGAAGGUAUACAUUUAAGGAGCUUCGUUCUGCUACUGAUCAUUUCAGUUCAAAGAAUAUUCUUGGGAGGGGUGGAUUUGGUAUCGUGUACAAGGGAUGCUUGAAUGAUGGAACGCUGGUGGCUGUCAAAAGGCUAAAAGACUAUAACAUUGCUGGUGGUGAAAUCCAAUUCCAGACAGAAGUAGAAACAAUUAGUUUGGCUAUUCAUCGGAAUCUUCUGAGGCUCUCUGGGUUCUGCACGACUGAGAAUGAAAGGCUUCUCGUUUACCCCUACAUGCCGAAUGGGAGUGUAGCAUCUCAAUUAAGAGAUCAUAUUCAUGGCCGAGCAGCAUUGGACUGGGCAAGAAGAAAGAGGAUAGCUCUGGGUACAGCUAGAGGACUCCUAUAUUUGCACGAGCAAUGCGACCCCAAAAUUAUUCACCGUGAUGUCAAAGCAGCCAACAUUUUGUUGGACGAGGACUUUGAGGCAGUUGUUGGAGAUUUUGGGUUGGCAAAGCUUUUGGAUCACAGAGAUUCCCAUGUGACCACAGCUGUUCGUGGCACCAUUGGCCAUAUUGCUCCAGAGUAUUUAUCAACAGGUCAGUCAUCAGAGAAGACUGAUGUGUUUGGGUUUGGGAUCUUGCUUCUUGAGCUAAUCACAGGCCAGAAGGCAUUAGAUUUCGGAAGGGCAGCGAACCAGAAAGGUGUCAUGCUUGAUUGGGUGAAGAAGCUCCAUCAUGAUAGAAAGUUAAAUCUCAUGGUGGAUAAGGAUCUGAGAGGCAAUUUUGACAGAAUUGAAUUAGAAGAAAUGGUCCAGGUUGCUCUUUUAUGCACGCAAUUUAAUCCUUCUCACCGUCCAAAGAUGUCUGAAGUACUAAAGAUGUUAGAAGGUGAUGGUUUAGCUGAGAAAUGGGAAGCCUCACAAAGGGUCGAGACCCCAAGGUUUAGAUCAUGUGAAAACCCUCCUCAAAGAUAUUCAGAUUAUAUAGAAGAAUCUUCACUGGUGGUAGAAGCCAUGGAGCUUUCUGGUCCUCGGUGACAAUCAUUUCACACUCACUUCUAGACCUCCUUGCCUGAUCAAACAUUAAGUUGCAAAACUUCGAUGAUGAAAAUUAUGUCAUUGUUAAUAGUGGUUGAAUGCAUGUAUUCAUCUGUAAAAAGCAAAAAGAAAGCCAUGUAUAAACAAACAUCUCGGUUCUUUGUUGGAAAGCCAGUUUGAGUUGAUUGCUCCCACCUGA